AUGUUGGGUCCAGGAAGACCUGUCUUCGUUGUCUUUGGAUCUUCCAUCGUUCAGUUCAGCUUCAGAAACCACGAGGACUUUCGAACCAAACGUCACCUUAGUACUCCACCGGUGAACGUGGAACAAAUACAUAAAAUUCUCGGUAUUACGAGUCGAACCAACGAAGGCAGCCAGGUUUAUUCCGAAGCUUGUAUAAAGCUAUGCCAAGAACUAGGUAUACAAUGUGUUUAUCUAUGGACUGCAUUCCGGCAAAGAGAUGACUGGAUGACUACUUGCUUCACAGACGGCAUCCAUUUCUCCUCCGAGGGGAGCAAGUUGGUGGCUAAAGAGAUCUUGAAAGCCAUGGAAGAGGCUGAUUGGGAACCGAGUUUGUGCUGCAACUCAUUGCCAACUGAGUUCGACCAAGACUCGGUCUAUGAUCUCGUAGGUCGAGAUGGCAAGUCCAUAAACGUUUCAGACCCUUAAUUC